AUGGAAGAGCGGCUUGCUGGGAUCGAGAGCACUUUGCAGAAUCUCUCGAGCAGUAUCCAGCAGAUUGCAGCCAUCCAGACUGAGACUGGGAGCUCUCUUCCGUCUCCAAUGCACCAGCGGACAAGCAUCGAUAUGGCUCCUCCUCACCCUGCAAGACCGGCUGCAACAACGCUGCGAGAAGAAAGCUCGUUCGAGGGCACCACCUCACUCCAAGCUCACUCUCUUCAUGCCACUCAAAUUGCAGAACAGGCCAUCAACGACAGCCUCGGCGCGAACCAAAGCCCUGAGUUGCUAUUGGCGCUGACGUCACUGAAGAAGCUGCUAGACAGGCAGAGUAUGGCCAGUUCAAAGGAGCUUCAAUUCUCCACAAAGGAAGCUAUUGACAGCAGUCCCCGCCUCAGAAAGGACAUGCCUCCCUUAGUUGACACAUCCGCAGUUGUGAAAAGAGCCAAAGAUGAAACUCCGCUGUGUUUCUACGGAUAUUUCCCUUUUUUAACCAUUGAUCGACUCGCGGAGAUGUGUGAGAAGGUAUAUCAGAACGAAGGCGUCGAAAGCGUCCCCGUUUACAUUACCGUGAACGUUUUCUUGUACUAUCUGUUCCAGGAAUACAGCGAUGUUGAAGACGAAAUAGCCAGCAACUAUCGGCAACACUCGGAACGGUGUCAAUUGAAUAUUCAGACCGGCUUGAAAGCCCUUAGCCUCAUGUUGCCGCCACUACAAGAGAAUAUCGUGGCUCUUCUCCUAGGGGCCACUUACGCCAUAGAAAUGUCUUUACCGUCACUGUGCUGGACACUGACAGCUACAGCAGCUAGACUAUGCCAGACGCUAGGCUACCACCGGGCUUCUAGCUUCAAAGAGGACAGUCCAGAGUCGGCGGAGGCAAAAAAAUCGCUCUUUUUCUAUGCGUAUUGGCUGGACAAAACUCUAUCUCUCCGUGUCGGGUGUUCUUCUACGAUUCAAGAUUACGAAGUCGACAUUGAUCUCCCAGCACCUUCGCCAGACACCAAUCUCGCUGCAUGGCAUGCCAUGUGGAUCAACUCGAUCGAAUUUGCUGCUCAGCAUGGUCAAGUGUACGAGCAAUUGUACAGCCCGGCAGCUUUGAGACAGCCCGAAGCCGAGCGAGUACGAAGAGCUUUGCACCUUGCGAAGACGCUUCAAGAGAUACAAGCCAAAGCCAACAGAAUCCAGAUCAAUCCCCUCGAACAUCACGCUCCGGUAACCCUUGACCUCUACAUAAAGUCCAACACGGUUGUAUAUCACGCUCUCAUGGCGUUGAAUCCCUUCUUCAUGCCCGUAAAGCGCUACACGCUCAUCAAGAGUGCGAUGCGCAGCGCAGGACUGGAGGCAAGAAUAGCUGGCCGGAAUACAUACAAUGAAGACCUUGCUAGUCUCGAGGCGUUUGUCCGUUCCCUUCAGCCGACAAGCCGGUCGUCCGAGGGUCUGGACAAAGCUUACCGGCUCUUCAACCUCUUCUACGUCCUUGCCAGGUCUUACGUACAGUGCAAAACUGGGCCUUCCGCAAGCAAUAUUCAACCGGGUGCAAGCAAUUUUGAUCUUCUGGCUAAUCAAGGGACCGAUGAGUUUGACAGAUGUUUUGCCGCACUCGGCUGGAUGCCCGGUCCCACCGGCUACAGCGCUGAUGGUACAGCCGCUUCACAACCAUUUCAGCCUCAGCAGUCAAUCGCGGACGCGGGAGACGGAUCUGUCCCAGGUCAGCAAUUGGACCUGGGGGAUUGGUUCAACAGCAACCAGUACUUCGCGAGCCUUCUGGAAGAAGACCUGUCUGAUAUCAUUGGCAUGUUAGUCUGA